CGGCCGCGCACCACCACGGCCCGCCGCGCUACGGCAGCCCUCCUCCCAUCUCGACAUCAGACCCUUCGGCAAACGAGUGUAAAUUAGUUGAUUAUAGAGGACAGAAAGUUGCCGCGUUCAUAAUCCAAGGGGACACUAUGUUGUGCUUGCCGCAGGCGUUUGAACUGUUCCUUAAACAUUUGGUGGGCGGGCUGCACACAGUGUAUACGAAGUUGAAGAGACUUGACAUAGUGCCGCUGGUGUGCAACGUGGAGCAGGUGCGCAUCCUGCGCGGGCUGGGCGCCAUCCAGCCGGGCGUGAACCGCUGCAAACUCCUCUCCUGCAAGGACUUCGACGUGCUGUACCGGGACUGCACCACGGCAAGGUGCCUGUCAAUGAAAGCGCCAGACAGGUACUUCUCAAGCUCCAGGCCGGGGCGACCUCCGAAGCGCGCGUCGGGCGUGGGCUUGUCUCUGGCCGCCACACAGUUCCCGCCGCACCCAUUCAAGAAGCACCGCCUCGAGAACGGCGACUACUCGCCGUACGAGAAUGGACACAUGAGUGGCCACUUCCUUGUUGCAGAGAUCGCGCGCAUGGAGAAGUCGCCGCUGCUGGCGAACGGGUACAAUGCGCCGCCCACGCACCUGGGGCCCAUGGGCUUCAUGCACCAGCACGCGCUCAUGUCGCCCGGCAUGCCGCACCACGGCGUGCCCAGGCCGGACGGCUCCAUCAUCAAGGGACAGCCUAUGCAUAAUAUGGAGGCGUUAGCGAGAUCUGGUAUUUGGGAGAAUUGUAGAGCGGCGUACGAAGACAUCGUUAAGCACCUAGAAAGAUUGCGUGACGAAAGAGGCGACAUGGAACGAGUUAUGGCAAUCGAUAAAGCUCGUGAAGGGUCACAUAAUGGUUCAUCGCCAGGUCACAGUCCUGUGCUGAACCUGUCCAAGUCCGGGUCGGGCGACCGCGACCGCUCGGACCGGAGCGAGCGCAACGAGCGGGGCGAGGGCUCGGCCAGCGGGCGCAGCUCGGCCGCGUCGCGGCGCACGCCGCAGCCGCCGCGGCUGCCCUCCGCCGCCGCGCCCGCCUCGCCGCGCUCGCACUCCGACGAGAGCGACGCCAACAUGUCCGACCAGGACGACCACAACAUGAAGGAGGAGGACGACGAUCUGAGCGACAACGAGCGCGACCUGCAGCCGUCCGGGUCGCCGGCGGCGGUGAGCUACGCGGCGCAGGCGACGCCGCCGGUGCCCGUGGACCCGGCGGCCGACACGCUGGUGUCCUCCACCGAGACGCUGCUGCGGAACAUCCAGGGGCUGCUCAAGGUGGCGGCGGACAAUGCCCGCCAGCAGGAGCGCCAGAUCAGUUACGAGAAGGCUGAACUGAAAAUGGAUGUUCUUCGGGAGCGAGAAGUAAAAGAUAAUCUAGAACGACAACUUCUAGACGAACAGAAAAUGAGAGUGAUGUACCAGAAGCGGUUAAAGAAAGAACGGAAACAACGGCACCAGGUGCAAGACCAGCUGGAGCUGGAAUUGAAGCGGCGGCAGAAGAUCGAGGAGGCGCUCAAGCAGUCCGGCGCGCCCGCUGACAUCCUCAGGAUCGUUACUGAGAACCUCUCGUCACCGACACAAGAGCCGGCGAGGCAAGAGCGCGAGAACGGCGACAGCAAGCCGCCCAGCACGGAGCCGCCGGCCGCGUCCCCGCCCUUCCAGCGCGAGCCGCCGCGCACACCGGACAAGCCGCAGUGGAACUACCCGCCGCCGCCCGUUGACAUCAUGGCCGGCGGGGCCGCCUUCUGGCAAAACUAUUCCGAAUCCCUCGCUCAAGAGCUGGAGAUGGAGCGCAAGUCCCGGCAGCAGGCCAUGGAGCGCGACGUGAAGAGCCCGCUCUCGGAGCGCGCCAGCUACUACAAGAACUCGGUGCUGUUCAGCUCGGCCACUUAGCUACCAGACCCCGGGGCCGCCGACCACCCCCAGGACCGAGACAAGCCUGACGAGAUCAGGAAACCGAUCAUCAGCGUCAAACCCGAAUUCAGGGAAAAAUAAUAUCCAAAGAUUUAUUGGACACUCAAUUCGACGGUCCCUAGUGACUACUUCGACUUAGCGAAUGGUCGAAAACAAUAUGUUCAUGUACAUUAAAUGUUCAUCCGAUUGUUUAUUAAAUUAGUCAAGUUUUUCGUAUAAAGAUCUCGAUGAAGUAAGUUGUACUUCUCUGUUUUGAGAUUAAAAAGCACUACAGUAAUGUAAAUAUUGUUAUUGAAGUAAGAUUAGUAGAUUUCGUGGCGAAGUCUCAUGACCUCUUCUUCCAUAGUAAAAUUUGUAAAUAUCGCUUUAUAUUUUAAGUAAGUCUAACUGUUUAUCGACGAUUUACGUAAUUUAUUCGUCAACAUUUAAUCUUUAACGAGAGUACCUUUUAACUAUGCCAUAUUUAUAAAUUAAGAAUGAAUCAGUUUCGUUUCACUUCCUAGUUUUCACUGUACAUGUUUUGUAUUCCAAGAGACAUUGACUACCUUAUCCCACAUAUCUUAGCCUCAUAGCUUUGGGCAUUUAAAAUACAAAUUGGGCUCUUUAAUAAAUUGAUCAUGAAAACGGUAGGAAUUGAUCAAAGACUGUUUUUUGAGAUUUUUUUCGUGCCCCGCAAGUUGGCUCGAGCUGGUUUAUCACAUACUGUUUGAGUUCCUAAAGUAUUACGUUCAGUGAAACUAAAUUAUAUUUUAGGCGGUACCUGUGUAUUUAUUCGUAAAAUAUACGAAUUCGUCGACCAUAUUGAGAAAUAAUAGGAUUAUAUUGUGAUCUUCUAUGAUGUAAUUUAUUCAAUUUUAGUGCAAUGAUUAGAUGUAACUUUUACUAUAAAUAGGUAUCUGCAUUACCUUGCGAUAGGUUCGUUACGUUAGCUGUUUACAAUUACACAUUUAUACAAUUGAAAUUUAUGGACUGAACACAGAAGAGACAGUUUUGCGUACAAUAUAACCUAAGUGUUUACUUUAAAGUUUGGUGGCGUAGACACUGUAUAAAUAAUUAUAAUCGCUGUAUCUCAUAUCCAUAACGAAGAGCCGAUGUAUGGAUAGCUAUCCUUACAUUAAGUACGGUAGUUUUAACAUUAUAUAUAAAGUAUAAAUGAUAGUGUUAUUUAUAUGAUUAGUUUACGGGGACUUUAAAUGUCUUGAAUAACUUACAUUUAAGAUUUAGAGAUCGUAUCUGGUGUGAUAUUGGCGCUUGGCUAUAAUGAGUCGUAGCAUAAACAUGAAGUACUUUUGUACUCCGUGGAGGGGCUGGCUUAUCCGGACUUGUACUGUUGAUAGUUCGGAGCGAGUAGUCAAGCGCCGACGCCACCGUGAGCGCGCGCUGGAUGCGACGUUUCAUCAGUAAUGGGUAAUGAAUAAAACUUAGUUGUUACUAUAAAUGUUUAGCUGAGCAUGUGUGGCUGUAUGGAGCGAGUGAAUGUGGUACUUUUGUAUCAGUUACAUUUUAUUUCCUCGACAUAAUGUAGAGGCGACAAUACUAACAUAACAUAGAACAAAUUAAUAGUGUAUAUUGCUCGAACUGUCUACAAUUCCAGUAUUGUCCACUGAUAUUUUUAUUCCGGCAGAUAUUGAGGCUUUAUGUAUAACCUUAAUAUUCAAAUUUGUUAGUUGUAUGCAAUUUUGAGAGCAAGUGUUAUUUAUUAUUUCUAUUAUAAUUAUUUUACUUAAAAAUUGUGUGUGUGCCUUGUAUCGUAGAUGAAAAUAUCAAGAUUAAAAAAAGUGAAA